CGGGUGAGUGACCGAGGCGGAACCAAAGACGUCCCUCAUUUGUUCGGAGCCAUUGUUUUCUACUUCUUUAGUAUUUAUCGUCUAUUUUUAAUCUAGCAUUUUUCUCAAACUAGGUUGGUCUUAGGAAUUCGCUUAGCAUCCCGCCUCAGGAACCAAACGAACAGUCCUAUAUCAAACCAAGAUGGAUUCCGAACCAGAUUCAGUACUGGUCACAUCAACCACUGACGGCAUCACGACUAUCACAAUCAACAGGCCCCAUAACCGGAAUGCAGUCAACCCCUCCGCAGGCCAAAAGCUCUACGACGCCUUCAUCGCCUUCGAAGACGACGCCUCCCAAAAAGUGUGCAUCCUCACCGGCAGCGAAGGCGCCUUUUGCGCCGGCGCCGAUCUCAAAGAGGUUGCGGCAUCGAAGAGCUCCCCGAAUGGAUCGUCGCAUCUGCAACCUGUGGAAGGACGCAAUCGAGGGCCAAUGGGCCCGUCGAGGUUACAGGUCAAGAAACCCGUCAUCAGCGCUGUCGCGGGAUACGCGGUCGCUGGUGGCUUGGAAUUGAGCCUGAUUGCCGACAUGCGCGUGGUCGAGGAAGACGCGGUGUUGGGGGUCUUCUGCAGGCGGUGGGGCGUUCCGCUGAUCGAUGGGGGAACUGUCCGGCUUCAAGCGGUCAUCGGGCUAGGCAGAGCGCUUGACAUGAUUCUGACGGGACGUCCUGUUGGUGCUCAAGAGGCGUUGAGUAUGGGACUGGCGAACCGCGUCGUUCCGAAAGGGAAGGCUCUUGAAGAGGCCACAGCCAUUGCCAAGCAGCUACUGGCUUUCCCAGAGAUGUGUAUGAAUCUUGACCGGAAUUCUUGCUAUUACAGCGCCUACAACGCGACCUCGUUCGAGGACGGGUUGAGGGAGGAAUACGAGAAGGGCAUCGAUGCGAUUGAGGCAGAAAGUAUAAAGGGGGCAGCACGAUUUAGUGCGGGGGCAGGACGGCAUGGAAACUUUACGAAGCUUUAACGCAUAUACAUUCUAAAAUUACGGUACAUACAAUGUUGGAUUCGAAGUACAUA